AUGAUGAUGAUGAAGAUCAUAGCUGCUGCCUUCGUUGCAAAUCUCUUCGUGCCUGGCAUUGGUGCUACCCCAAUUCCUUGCAAAAACAAACUUAGACGAUUUCGGAAACUUGCCGAUGACGGUUGGAGCGGUAUUCUUCAAUCAUGUGCUGGAGUAGAAUACGAGACUUCUCUCUUUGUUCAUAAGCAUGUUUUCGUGGUAUCAACACCCGUCUCCAAAGAAGGCAGCUCUGAUUGUCCAAACUUAGCCAUGGAACAGAGCGAUGCCCUUGCAAAUGCAACCGACACUGGUUUUGGAAUUCGUAGUGUCAACGUCCACGAGUUCACUCUUCCCACUGGUAUUGAUCCAAGAGACCUCCCACAUUUGUCGAUUGGCACUUUUCCCCUUGCCGACAUCGCCAGAGCAUUCGACACUGUCAAGGCCCAAGUUGAUUCAGAUCCGGACAGCAUGAAAAGUUAUGACAUCGUCAUGGAGAACUGCGGUGACUUUCCGGCUCGCAUGAUGUCCCUAUUGCAGGUUAGUUUCGAUCCUGAAAUGGUCCAGUUCCUCGCCAAGCGUCUUCAAAAGACAUACCAUACCCUCGCUCGAGAGAUACGCGCCAAUCGCAACGCAGCGAACAUAUUGGCCGCAAAGAGCACUCUUACCGAGCUCACAGAUCUGCAAUUGAUCGAGUUGCUCGUAGAGUCAAAGGUGAAGUAUCUGUACAGUCCAUCAACAAGACCGCUUAGCGAUAGCUAUAAUGAUCCCUCUGCUCAGGGUCAUCGUUUGCUGCUUUCCAAAGAGCAGGAGAAUGAGCCAGCUGCUGACGCUAGACGCCUUGCUGAUGUUGCUUGCGGCCAGUGGUACUCUUCUAGCUGCCUUGCAGAAAACGAUAUUCGUUACGAUUCUACCGCUUCGAAUGCUAUUGCCGACCAGAACUCUGCAUGGAAAAAAUUCGAAGGAGCAUAUGGUCCUGAUGGCCGAGUCAUUGAGCCAGCUUUCAUGGAAGAAGAUGCGGCUACCUUUGCUCCCAAUCAAAUGCCAUACUCACAAGCCCCCUACAAAAUGUUCAUCAACAUCACCUUGAGUGGUUCAAGACUAUACGAACAAAUGCACACGAUCCACCCUCCCCCUCCCGAAGCCUUUUGCAACCAGAUUGUUCCAGAGGGCAAGCAGAAUGUCCUUUUGCCAGGCGAAUGCGGGUGGAGUGGAACUGCUGGUUUCUAUGAGCGCUUUGGAACAAGUACCUUCGAAAAGGACGGAAGCGUCACCAUGUUGCCCUUUGGGUCAACCAUGCUGGGCACCGAGCUUGAUCGCAAGUCGUAUGUUAGUCUUCCUGCAGGUGACAGCAAUCAUUUCUCGAGCUACUUGGAAGGUGGCGUCCUCGUACAGUAUGCUUCGGCAUGUCUUGAUGCCGAAUGCAAUCAGCUAUCCACUACUAUUUAUCAGUAUAACACCUCCACAUCAAGCGGCGAAGAGUACCAAUUUUUGGCGUCCACCCGCGUGUUUGCCACCCGAAUUGCAUCCACUCAGCAGUUCCGUGAUGCACUCGAGUCUGCCUACCUCGAGUACAAUGUACCGUCUGAUCAGAGACCAUUUGAAGAUGGGUGUCUCUCUGGCUACUGUCCUGACGAAGGCGAUUGGUGUGAAUACGAUCCCGAGUGUGCUGUCUCUCCGUAUUCCGAACCAGAAGCAUCCGUCCUGGCGGGACCAGUUGUUGGUGUUGUUUUGGCUGUCACGGUUUUGAUAUUCCUCGCUUUGUUCACUUUGCACAGGCGUCAAAUGAACCAAAAGGAAGCCAUUGUGCGCACCAUGUUUGCAAGUCGCAUUGCCGAGGGCAUCAAACUCCACGGUGGUAAUGAUGGUUCAUCGUCUUGUCUCUCUCCGGAUGAAUUGCUUGCCGAGUUUCACAAGAUUGACCAGGACAAAGGGGGCUCCAUCGACAAAGAAGAGCUUUGGGCAUUCUUGAAUUCUGGAACAACGGUUGGUAAUAUGAGUCGCACUGAUUUUGAUCUGCUGUUCUCUGUGAUUGAUUUUGAUCAAAGCGGCAGCGUCGACUUCAACGAGUUUGUUUCGUUCUUUGCCAAGUGCGACAAGGAAGGUCUCAAGCAGCAGUGCUACCAAGUAGACUCUUCGUAA